AUGCAGACCUUGAGGAGACAGACGUUUGUUUCGCCUUGCAACUGCUCCAAUAAUGGCUUCUCUCCGGGAGGCCCACAUUCUCAACCUCAUAAGCAUAUACGGACAGAUUUCAGCGACAAUUACUACCCGGUAGAUUUGCCCGAUCACGGUGUCUCCACCUUGAACGGCCUAAUACAUGACUCAAACGGCCGAGACGUCGGCGAGGCUUUAUCUCGUGUAUUAUUGUACCAAACGCAACUGGACCAAUGCUGCAUAUCCUUCUCCCUUGACAUCCUUGGUGCGGGCAUAUCUCGGGUUCAUAUAUCGAAGUCUCGACAAAAGUAUCAUUAUAUAUCCAAGUCGAAAGACUUCAUCAUGUCUACAGUGAUUCGCCUACAUGUCAAUCACACAUAUCGGCAUCCGACAGGUGUGAGAACUGGGGGUUCACCAGGUGCUGGGGAUCGACCGGGUAGCGGUCAUCGAAGUGGGUAG